CAGAUGAUGAAGAGGAUAUGACCGGACCCAACAUGCUCUUAGAUGAUUGCCUUCCGGUGGAGCUGAUAAAACUUGUUGAAUGCUGUUCCAAUGGGGAGCACGUGAGGGACCUCUCUGUGACGAACCUAUCAGAAAUAUGAAGUUCAAGAUUGUUGAUGCUAAGAUUGCUCCUGAACCCAUACAUCGAGGUACUGGUCAGAUUAGUCCAACUGCUCGACGGGUUACAUAUUCAGCUUUCCUCAUGGAUAUUCCACGUCUUAUGGAACCUGUAUACUAUGUUGAGAUACAGACCCCAAUAGGUUGUGUAUCUUCCAUAUAUACAGUGUUUUCUCAUCGACGUGGUCAUGUUACGACUAAUGUUCCUCAACCUGGUACGCCAGCUUAUAUCAUAAAGAUAAUACUUCACUUUGCAGUAGAUUCUUUUGCGGAGGAAAAGAGACCACAACUACAUGAAAGAUAA